AUGAAGUUCAGUGCUGUCAUCUCUUUUCUCUUCCUUGCCGCCGCCCCGGUCAUGGCGGCGGAGGAUAGUGUCACUUCUGUUGCCACGACCACUAUCACCAAGACCUUGAUUCGUGUGAACGCGGUCACCCCAACUCCCAGCUCCAGCGCAAGCAUGAUGACUGUCUCGACUCCUCUGGUCUCGUCGACUCCGCUAGUCUCUGCCACAGCUACCUCGUCCCCCUUGUCGGCGUCAACCUCAGCUUCAGCGACUCCCACUCACAACGGCGCUGCGGUGCUGAGUACCGGCCUCCCGGCGGCUUUCAUUGCAGGAUCGGUCGCGCUGAUCAUGGGCGCUGCCUUGUAA